UGCGAUUUUCACCGAGGCGACGUCACCCUACCUCGCCGCCUCAGGACGAUGAAGUCGGCGUUCGGGAUGAAGAACGUCAAGAAGGAAAACCUAGAGAAGGGCCUCGCAGACAUGAAGGAAAUCGGAAUCGGAGGUUUGAGCAAAGGCUUGAACUUUCUACGGACGGCGUCCCAGACUGCGAUGGCGCCGAGCGACGAGGAAAAACCUGCAGUUGCACCAACGUCAUCUGCUCGUGCAAGCUCGUUUAACGGUAGCAGCGGUGUUGAAAAGCCCAAGAUGUCGUACGAUGAGCUAUUGAAUCUCAGUAUGAAGUUGACCAAGCAGAACAAAGCCUACAAGGCGCAGCUGACCCAAGCCUCAGACAAGUUGUUCCAAGCCGGGGAGAUCGAGGCAAAUUAUGCGUCACUCGUCCAGUUCGUAUCCGAAGACGUUGGAGUGGACCUUGUUUACACGGAACUCAAGGUGCCGCCGAUGACUUCCGACGAAGAUGGAGCAGGGAGCGACAGUACGAGUUGUCCGGUUGAGAAACUUUUGGACGCGAACGCCAUGCGGCAGCUAUAUCAUGCCCGAGACAGCGCGCGUGAACUACAGGUGCGGGACAUGGAAGAUAAGUACGCCCAGGAAAUCAUCGAACUGCGAGCGGAAGUGGCCAAAUUGUCCGAGAAAGGUGGCGGCGAUUUGAUCAACUUGGAUUCUCCGGUUCACAAAACUUCGACAGCCCCCGAUUCUGCAGUAGAACCUCUCCUGCAUGAAUUAGAGACCCUACGUACUGCGCUCGAUGCAGAACGCGCGACAGUCGCUGAGUCCGAACGAGCUCAACAGUUGUUGAAGUCCCAACUCGCAGAAAUCCAAGGUCUGCUCAUGACCACAACGACCAGCAUGAACGCCCACGCCUCGGACAUGGCUGCCCAAAAGGCGGCGCUUCAGAGCAAGGACGACAUCAUCGCCGGUCUCAAGCACGAAUUGGCGCAACAGCAACAAAUCAUUCUGAAGCUGCAAGAUAAAACGAGGGAGUUGGGUUCGAUGAGCCAACGUGUGCAGUUGUUAGAGCAGGAAAAUGCUGCGCAUGUCAAGGACAUCCACCAAAUGCAAGCGACCAUAGCUACCCAUGCCAGCGACGUCGAGGCGUGGGAAGCCAAGGAAGCGGCAGACCGAGCGGUCAAAGCCGCGUUGGAUGCAUAUGCAGUUGAAAUUUCCAUGUUGCGAGCGACGGCUGAUGCGCAAGCAAUACAGCUUUCCCAGGCGCAAAGUGCUUUAGCUGAGCACCAGACCACCCUUGCAGCAGCUCACGAAUCACGACUGGCCCAAGAAGCCCACGAUCAAGCGCUUUUACUCGAGCGGCAAAAUGCACUAGACGCCAUCCAAGCCCAGCUUCAUGUCGUGGAAGCGACUGCUUCGAACUUGCGAACCGAGCGCGAGGCCGGUUUGAGCGAGAUCAAGUCUUUGGAGUAUAAAGUUCGGGAAUUGACUGCGGCCAUCGAGUCGAAGGAACGACAAGUGGUGGACCUCGAAACUUCUGUGCAGCGCCAGACUGCGGCGCUGGCGGAAGCUUUAGCUAAAGCGGAGGACGUAUCGAUGCAAUGGCAGAGUGAAGUUGCAAGUUUGCGCCACCAAGUGCAUCAAGUCAACGUGGUGUUGUCACAGCGCCAAGAUGACUUAGACAGUGUCAAGAGCCAACUGGUUGCGGCGCAGCAAGCCGUGGCGGCGGACGCGAGUGAGAAGGUGGCCAUGCUGCAGCAAGAAGUGACUCUCGAGCAAAAAAAAGUGGAAGAAAUCACCGCGGCACUCCAUGCCAAGGACACCCAAGUGAGCGAAUUAGAAGCGCGGCUCGGUGACCUCGAACGUGUCCAUAUUCACGUAAAUGAGGCGCUGCGACAAGCCGAGGUGGAGAAAGCAGAGGCGGCCGCGCGCUUGACCGAUGUGAUCACUGCGCAUUCCUGUGAAACCGAACGUGUGAUCAGCCUGCAAAAGUCACUCGAGCAUCUUCAAGCGGACUUCGCUUCAGUUACAGCUGUAAAGAUCGCCGUGGAGUCGGAACUGGGACAGCUGAAGGAAGCAGUCCAGUCGGAUUUGGCGGCGCGCCAGCGAGAUGUGGCUGUUUUGCAGGAGGCUGUGGUGGCUCACGAGCGGCAAGAAGCAUCACUCCAUCAAACCACUUCCGAUGCGUUGGCCGCAAAAGCAUCGAUCGAAGCUCAAGUUGUACAGUUGGAAGAGGCAAUGGCAGCUGCGAUGGCUCGAGCCACACAAGCAGAGGAAGACAAAGUUGCUGAGGUAACUCGUCUCCAAUGUGAGCUGGACGAUGCGCGAGCCGGAGCUCUAGCGCUUGCCGAGACGAACAAAGCCAACGUCGACGCGCAAAUCGAGUGUUUGCGACAAGACGCAGCUGCAGAGCGCAAACGGGUGGUGGCAUUGCAAGCUCAACUUGACGCGGAGGCGCAAGAACGCGAACUUGAACGCGCAAAGCAUGCUGCUCAAGUCGAAGAAAGCCAGAAGCACUUGGUGCAAAGCCGGGACGAGUUGAUUCAAGUACAAGCGCAGCUGGGAGUGGCGACGACCACAAUUCAGGCAUACGCUGCUGACCUUGAGGCUCACGCAGAAACGAUCAAAGAAAAGGAGGCGCGUUUGCUUGCACUGCAGGAAAAUCUGGAUGCCCAAAACGCUCGACUGGCCGACUGCCAUCGAAAAGACGAAGAGGUAUCGCAACUUCAAGCCAAGCUUCAUUCAGUCGAACAGCAAGCCGCCGCUCAUGUCGCUGCGAUCGACGCAUUGCAGCAGCAAGUGACCACACACCAGACAGACUUGGCGUCCGUGCAAGCAGCGGCCGAGACGGCAGCGACAAUGAAGGCUUCGUUGGAAGGCGAAUUGCAGGUUAUGGAAACGUUGCGUGCCCAGAUUGAAGCCAAGACUGCCGACCUGCACGAUGCGCACGCGCAACUGCAAAGCUAUCACAACGAGAGGUCGAAGGAACGAGAAUCGUGGGAAAAGCAACUUCGGGAGGCUGAAGCGACUGCAGCCAAACUCCAAGCAGAGCUCGAGACAGCUCAGGCCCAACUGGCGGCGGCGCAAUCGAUGGCCGAUACUUAUGCUCAAGAUAUCAAAAACCAAGUGAAUGCUGCCCGCGAGCGCGAAGACUACAUGGCUACCCUCAAACAAGAAUUGCAUCUCGCACAGGCGACCUUAGGCCAGCGUUUACAUCACGUCGAAGCGGAGGCGAGUGCACUGGCAGCUCAGUUGUCUGCUGUAAACGCCACAGCAACGAGUCUUCGAGCAGAGCUAACGACGGUACAGGCUGAACUGAAGUCUCGAACGACCGAGUUACGCGCAGCGAACGAAGCGACGGAAGCUGCCAGAGCCGCAAAAGCCAACGUUGAAGCGGAAUUGCAUGACACCCGACUGACGGCAACCAAGACGCUCGAGGCAGAAGUUGAACGGCUGACGUUGAAAUGGAAAGAGAUGGAGGCGGCGUGGACGGCGCAGAAGUCCGAAAACGGUCGUCUGGCGAAGGAAAUGCACACGUUGCACAAGACGUGGUCGGAAAAGAACGCACUGGCGGCGCGGCUGCAUGCUGAAAAUGUUCUUUUAAGCGAAACCAGCGCCGGAAUUACUGCUGAAGCGGCUCAAUUACGACAGCAACUGACCGAGCACGCUGAAGCAUUGCGGAAGUCGGAAGGCUUGGCCAAGGAAAUGACCAAUGUGGCGGCAUCCCGAGCAUCAGACGUAACUCGUGUGGAAACAGAGCUGGCAGAAGCCACGGCUUCACAUGCACGAUGGAAAGAAGACUGGCACGAGAAGCUCCGCCUUGUUGAGUUGACGGCGGCGGAACGGGAAGCCAAAUUGAACCAAAAGUUUGCGAUCGAACUGGAAAAACUCGAAGCUGACGGACGUGCCAAGUCCAAGUUGGCGAGACAAGUGGUGUUGGAGAAGGAAGAGUUGAUUGCCAGCUUAACCGCGAAACUGGCUAAGCUGGAAGAAGACGUGCGGUCGGGGGAUGCCGAUCACAGGCGAAUUUUCGAGUUGGCGUCGAUGCAAGCGAAUCGUGACGCGGCAGCACGGUCACGAGAGCAGGAGUUGGCCGAGGUCAUGACAGCACUGGAGCAACUCCGAGCCGAAAACGUUCAGUUGACCAACGACAAAGUGGCGUUAGAGGAGGACAUUGCACAUCUCGUGCGUACCGAACGCCGGGAAGGCGUCAAUAUGGAAUACUUGAAGAACGUCGUCGUGCAGUACAUGAGCUUCCGACCUGGUUCGUCGCAGCAACUCAAGUUGAUCCCAGUGCUGUCGACGUUGUUGCAAUUCACUCCGGAAGAUAUGGACGAAGUUCAUUCGAGCACGAAGCAAGCGUCCAGCUGGACGUCAUGGAGCGAAAAGAAACCCGUGCGCAACAUUACCGCGCCGCCUCCGAUUGUGAUUCCCCAAAGGAAAAAAGUCGGAAGCCCGCGGUCGUUGAACUCACCGAGCAAGUCCAGCAGCCCGCGCAGUAGUCCACGGGGAAGCCCGCGGUCCAAGACACGGCGAAGCAUGUCGCCGCCGAAACAGCGCGCCAUGACGGCGCAGGAGCCAUUGGCUCAUCAUGACAGUAUCGAUCUGUAGACACAAGACGACGUGGAUGCGCGAACGCCCCCAUGAACGGCCAUUCGAUCGUCCAGUAGUAAGUUGGACAAUACUGUUUGAUUACUACAACUCGAGUCACUAAUUAGUGACUUGUGUUGAAAAAUCUAGUUAUUGUAUGGACAGGGAUUGGAUUUUCACUAGUAGGGUUGGUCUACUACAAAAAAUCGAAAGUUUGAAAAAAUCGCAUACAAAGUUUCAC